GGAGGGGUUAAUGAGCCGGCCCGGGAGUGUGCCCACAGGCCUGGGGGAAGCCGCCCAGAGCCCGCGACUUCCAUCACCGCAUAUUGCCGCGGACAGCAAUGGGAGCCCCGACGUAGCAGACGCUCUUAGUACAAUCCGGGGAUUCCCCGCCGCUGCCGCCCCCUGACGUCACGGAGUCCCCCGAGGCCCCGCCCCGGUUUCGCCUCCUUCCGCGGGAGGUGCGCGCGGUGCAGGCGCGGGAGCUGCCAUGGAGGGGCCCGGCGCCCCCGGUGUCCCCUGGAAACGCCACAUAGUGCGGCAGCUUCGGCAGCGGGACCGCACGCAAAAGGCACUCUUCCUGGAACUGGUGCCUGCCUAUAACCGUCUCCUAGAGAAGGCUGAAUUGUUGGCCCGGAUCUCAGAGAAGCUGCAGCCAGAGCCAAACGAUGCCACUCCUGCUACGCACCAGGGCCCCUGGGAGGAGGAAUCAGAGCCCGAUUCAGACCAAGUCCCUUCACCAACCACUCUGAGGAUGAAGUGGCAAGAGGAGGAGGAGGGGCUCCGGCUGGUCUGUGGUGAGAUGGCCUACCAGGUGGUGGAGAAGAGCGCAGCCCUGGGCGCCCUGGAGUCGACGCUGGAGGAGCGGCAGAGCAAGCUGGCGGCUCUGGAGGCCCGUGUGGCGCAGCUGCAGGAGGCGCGGGCGCAGCAGACCCGGCACCUGGACGCGCAGCGGGCGCUGAACGUAGCGCAGCGGGCGGCGUACGAGGCGCUCCGCGCGCAAGCCGGGCUCCAGGAGGCGGCCCUGCGUAGGCACGAGGAGGAGGCACGUGACCUGCUGGAGUGGCUCGUGCAGCGCAAGGCGCGCGCUGCCGCCGAGCGCAACCUGCGCAAUGAGCGCCACGAGAGGGCCAAGCAGGCGCGGAUGUCCCUGGAGCUAAAGAAGGCUGCCAAGCGGACAGUGAGCAUCAGCGAGAGUCCAAACACUGUAGGUGAUGGGAUCAGAGAGAUGGCUGAGACUGUGACCCUGACUGCUGAGCCCCUAUCCCUGGAGACUGAGGCUGGUGAGAGGUGGAAGAGGCCCUUCAGGUCUGCCUCCGCCACCUCCUUGACGCUCUCCCGCUGUGUGGAUGUGGUGAAGGGGCUUCUGGAUUUCAAGAAGAGGAGAGGCCACUCUGUUGGAGGAGCUCCUGAACAGCGAUACCAGAGCAUCCCUGUGUGUGUGGCCGUCCAGCCUCCUACCCAGGUUCAGGAUGUGCUGAAUGCCCACCUCUCCGAGGUCAAUGCUGUUUGUUUUGGCCCCAGUAGCAGCCUCCUGGCCACUGGAGGGGCUGACCGCUUCAUCCAUCUCUGGAACGUUGUGGGAGGUCGUCUGGAGGCCAACCAGACCCUUGAAGGAGCUGGUGGCAGCAUCACCAGCGUGGACUUUGACCCUUCGGGCUCCCAGAUAUUGGCAGCUACUUACAAUCAGGCUGCCCAGCUCUGGAAGGUGGGGGAGGCACAGUCCAAGGAGACACUGUCUGGACACACAGACAAGGUGACGGCUGCCAAAUUCAAGCUAACAAGGCACCAGGCGGUGACUGGGAGCCGAGACCGGACAGUGAAGGAGUGGGACCUCGGCCGCGCCUACUGCUCCAGGACCAUCAAUGUCCUUUCGUACUGUAAUGAUGUGGUGUGUGGGGACCAUGUAAUCAUUAGUGGCCACAAUGACCAGAAGAUCCGGUUCUGGGACAGCAGGGGCCCCUGCUGCACCCAGGUCAUCCCUGUGCAGGGUCGGGUCACCUCUCUGAACCUCAGCCAUGACCAGUUGCAUCUGCUUAGCUGUUCCCGAGAUAACACACUCAAGGUCAUUGACCUUCGUGUCAGCAAUAUCCGCCAAGUGUUCAGGGCUGAUGGCUUCAAGUGCGGUUCUGACUGGACCAAAGCCGUGUUCAGUCCAGAUAGAAGCUACGCACUGGCAGGUUCCUGGGAUGGAGCCCUUUACAUCUGGGAUGUGGACACUGGGAAGCUGGAGGGCAGUCUACGGGGACCCCACUGCACUGCUGUCAACGCCGUGGCCUGGUGCUACUCUGGGAGCCACGUGGUGAGCGUGGACCAGGCCAGGAAGGUUGUGCUCUGGCACUAGUGCCAUGACUCCUGCCUGGGCUGGAGCUCUAGUCUAAAGCCUGAAGCCAGAGGACAGCUUCCCGCUGCUCACAGGGCUCCAGAACCAGUGGGGGUGGGGAUAGGGUGGAGGUGGCGGUGGCUUUAGGGCAUUUAGUGGUGAAUAAGGCCUGGCAGGACCUGGCCUGUCUGUUGAAGAGCAAAGUGUGUGUGGUGGGGGGGGGGGGUGGGGGGCUGUGAGGCGGGUUAGUUUUGUUUGUUUGUUUGAAAUCCCUGACUUCUUUCGCUGACAAAAGUGAAAAAAAAUUGCAUCUAAACUGGUGUCUGCUUGCCUUUUUGCAGCAUUCAGGUAGCAGAGAGAUCUUUGGGCUGGUGGCUCCAGGACACCUGUGCUUGGCUCCCUUUCCUCCUCCUGCACAGAGCUGGGGCAGAGCCAGUCUGGCCUCAGUGCUGUUCAUGUCUGAGGAGAAGGCAUGAAGAAAGGCUCAGAGGUGACAAAGGGCAGUGGCUCUUGGAGCCAUGGAAAUUUCACCCUUGGUCCAGGCUGGUCCAGAGGCCAAGCCAAUACCUUGGGUCCUCCUGCUUCAGGAGGGUAGACUGAGCUGUGGAGGGGCCAUGGGAGUUUGAGGAAGGGAGCAGGGGAAGCAGCCCAGAGGGGCUCUGGUGGAAAGGGUUCUAAUAAACCAGAGAGUGAGGUCAGGUACUUAGUACACCAGGCCUGCCUUUAGAUGGGGGCAUGUUCUUGCUCCAGAGGCAGAACCCUGAGUGAAUGGGGAAUAGCCUGAGUAUGUCUGUGUCUUGGGGAGGGCCCCCAUGGGCUGGGCCUGGGUUGGGGCUUGUCGGCAUGACAAGCCUCUGUGGUACUCGGCAGACCCGACAGGGCAGAGCCUGCGCACCCCAGUUCCUUUGUCAACUUCAGGUAUGGAGGAGUCAUCAGCAGGACAGCCAUUGCCAGUCACAAGGCAGUCACAGGAAGAGACCUUCGUCCCUGAGUGAUGGAGCCUUACUUUUGAGAUUCUGCCCAUCUGAGAUUCAAAGGCUUCAAUCCAGAAUUAUCGGUUUUCUCCUUUAUCACAGUAGAAAGUCUCCCUGGGGGUGACUUUGCCAUUUCCAGAAUUUGGAAACCAUUCCCAGGAUGAACAGCAGAUUGCUGAGAGCCUGAACUCCACAGCCAGGCUGUCUGGGUUUGAAUCUCAGCCCACUAUUUAGUAGAGUGGUUUUGAGCAGGUUCCUUAAUAACUUUGUGCCUUAGUUUCCUCCUCUGUGAAAUGGUACGCACCUCAGAGGUUGUUAGAAAGACUCAGUGUGUUGGUAUCUGUGAAGCUCCUGGCACGUGCCAAAGGCUGAGUGUUGAUUGAAUACCCAGUCUACACUCUGCUGACUCUCAGCUCACUCACUGCUCUUGGCCUAGCUGUCCCCUGAGCUCUGGGUGACAUACCCACCUGCCUCCUGGACAUCUCUCCCCCUGACAUAAGCGUCUCUUCCCCUCACAUCCCACAUCCUCUGGCACCAAGGCCUGGAGCCUCUAACCUGGCUGCAAUGCAGGCCACCUUCUCCUAGUCUCGUCUCUCCUCCCAGAACCCUCUUUGCCAAGGCCGGAGUGACUUUCUAAGAUGGCAUGCUCACAGGUACAACCCUCUAAAGUUCCCAGGCUGCCUGCAGAGAAGGUUGACAUUAAAUUCAAAGACCUUAGGAGCCAGCCCGUCGACCUCAGCUGCAUCUUCAUUUCCUUGCUACUCUGUUUUACACAUGGACUUUCCCUCUGCCCAGAAUGUUCUUCCCUCCCACCCCAGUUCCAAUUUGUCUUUCGGAUCUUCUCACUGAGAGCCUUUGAUCGUUUACCAGGCUGGCCAGGGGACUCCUCCAUUCUUGUGUUCAUUGGUGUCUCCUUCCCUCGGGAGCUCUUGGAAGAUGCCAGGAUGGGAACAGAGUAUUCCUUGGGAUUAGGCCUGGCACAGAGAGGGUCUGAGAAGUGUCUAUUAAAUGGCUAAACUCUCUUA